AGAGACAGAGAGACAGAGAGAGAGACUGAGAGAGAGAGGGAGAGACACACUGAGAGCGAGAGAGCGAGAGAGGGAGAGAGGGGGGGGAGAGGGAGAGAGAGAGAGAGACAUAGAGACAGAGAGAGACAUAGAGAGAGAGAGAGAGAGAGAGAGUUUUGGGUGAGGACUGAUCGGUGAGAACAGGGAAGCAGACGCGCCGCACGGGGACCGGAAGAGGCAGCGCGAGCAAAACACCGGGCCGCACGAGCGAAACAGAGGCGGUCCGCGGGGAGGAGGAGCAGGUGGAGCAGCGAGGGGAGCAGAAGGAGGAGCAGGAGGACCGGUCCCGUCGCUCCUCGGUAAGAUGGCUGAUUCCGGCAGCGACGGAGAGGCGCCGGAGAGCGCGCGCGGCUUCGCGCGGCAGGGAGCGCUCCGACAGAAGAACGUGCACGAGAUCAAGAACCACAAGUUCAUCGCGCGCUUCUUCAAGCAGCCCACCUUCUGCAGCCACUGCACGGACUUCAUCUGGGGCUUUGGGAAACAGGGAUUCCAGUGCCAAGUGUGCUGUUUCGUGGUCCAUAAGCGCUGUCAUGAAUUUGUCACCUUCUCCUGUCCGGGCGCCGACAAGGGACCCGACUCGGAUGAUCCUCGUAGUAAACACAAAUUUAAGGUCCACACUUACUCCAGCCCGACCUUCUGCGACCACUGUGGCUCCCUCCUCUACGGGCUGAUUCACCAGGGCAUGAAAUGUGACCACUGUAUGAUGAACAUCCACAAGCGGUGUGUGGCCAACGUCCCGAGCCUGUGCGGGACGGAUCACACCGAGAGGAGAGGACGCCUGCAGAUCUCCGCCCAGAUCGCGGACAACAUUCUCACCGUCACCAUCAAAGAGGCGAGGAACCUGGUUCCCAUGGACCCCAACGGCCUGUCAGACCCCUACGUCAAGCUCAAGCUGAUCCCAGAUCCCAAAAGUGAGAGCAAGCAGAAGACCAAGACCAUCAAAUGUUGCCUCAACCCCACCUGGAAUGAGACCUUCACUUUCAAACUAAAAGAAAGCGACAAGGACCGCCGUCUGUCGGUGGAGAUCUGGGACUGGGACCUGACCAGCCGGAACGACUUCAUGGGAUCGCUGUCCUUUGGGAUCUCAGAGCUCCAGAAGCAAGGCGUGGACGGAUGGUUUAAGAUGCUUUCUCAGGAGGAAGGAGAGUACUUUAAUGUUCCUGUCCAGCCGGACGGGGAAGACGGAAACGAGGAGCUGCGACAAAAGUUUGAGAGGGCGAGGGUGGGACCCGGGAAGCCCACAGACUCUUCCUCCUCCUCCUCCUCCUCGGUGUGCAAGUACGACAGCAACGGCAAUCAGGACCGGGUCAAGCUCUCGGACUUUAACUUCAUCAUGGUCUUGGGCAAGGGCAGCUUCGGCAAGGUGAUGCUGGCUGAGAGGAAGGGCACCGACGAGCUGUACGCCGUCAAGAUCCUGAAGAAGGACGUGGUGAUCCAGGACGACGACGUGGAGUGCACCAUGGUGGAGAAGAGGGUCCUCGCGCUGGCCGGAAAGCCGCCUUUCCUCACUCAGCUGCACUCCUGCUUCCAGACCAUGGACCGGUUGUAUUUUGUCAUGGAGUACAUCAAUGGAGGAGAUCUCAUGUACCAGAUCCAACAGGUCGGCAAGUUCAAGGAGCCUCAUGCCGUGUUCUACGCGGCAGAGAUCGCUAUUGGACUCUUCUUUCUUCACUCCAAAGGCAUCGUGUACCGGGAUCUGAAGCUGGACAACGUGAUGCUGGACGCUGAAGGCCACAUCAAGAUAGCCGACUUUGGCAUGUGCAAAGAGAACAUGUCGGAUGGAAUUACCACUAAAACCUUCUGUGGCACACCGGACUACAUCGCUCCAGAGAUCAUAGCUUAUCAGCCCUAUGGGAAGUCCGUGGACUGGUGGGCGUUCGGAGUGCUGCUCUACGAAAUGCUUGCCGGACAGCCGCCCUUCGACGGGGAGGACGAGGACGAGCUGUUCCAGUCGAUCAUGGAGCAUCACGUCUCUUACCCUAAAUCCAUGUCCAAAGAAGCUGUCGCCAUCUGCAAGGGGCUGAUGACCAAGCAUCCAGGUAAGCGUCUGGGCUGCGGUCCGGAGGGGGAGAGAGACAUCAAGGAGCACGCCUUCUUCCGCUACAUAGACUGGGAAAAGCUGGAGAACAAAGAGGUCCAGCCGCCUUUCAAACCUAAAGCUUGUGGGCGUGAUGCAGAGAACUUUGAUCGCUUUUUCACGCGCCACCCCCCCGAGCUGACCCCCCCAGAUCAGGAGCUUAUAUCCAACCUGGACCAGGAAGAAUUCCAAGGCUUCUCAUUCGUUAACCCUGAGUACCCCCACACACCUCACUGACCACCCCACCGCCGGGCUGCACUAGUAAUCCACCCCCCCCACCCCCCCGACACCUCGAAAACCGCACGUCACAAACUACACGAAUCGGCCAAGCGCUAAAGGAACAGGUCAACAUUUUUUUUCCGUGGAAAUACGAUGAUGACAAGAUUGGUAUCGGUCUCAUGUCCGCGUGUCGGGUGAGAAAAGCUGGACCCAGGCGGCGACCUAUCGCGAUCGGGUUAGCCGCUCACCUGCCGCGCUCUCCAAAGUUCUAGUCUUCACCGUGGGUCACGUGUUUAUUGUGUGUCUUAAUUAGGAAACCUAAUUAGUUCCUGCACCGGCCCUUUUUUCUAGUUUUUAUUCCACGGCAAGAUGACAUAGUUGCUCCCUGGCUCCGGCCCUGCCCUCACAACGCUGUUAUCAAUCCUCUCAUCUCACCUGGAAACUGACAAAUAAGCGUGUUUCCCCAGACAAAAACACUCCCUUAAAUAACGCAAGAAAUGCAAGCGCACACAGGUGCUCAAACGGUAACAAUCAGGGGGAAACGGCCUGGUGUCCACGUGUCAAGUUGCCAGUCGGGGAGGGUGGGGGGGGGGCACUACUUCCAGUUUACUGUGGUUUAGCACACCGGCGCUACCGGCUGCACCUCUGUCUUCAGCGCAGAAGUGUCGCUCGCUCCCCGGGAUGCCGCCGCCCCCCCCCCCCGCCCCCCCCCGACUGCUCACGCCAGCGGGUUCAGGAUCGCGGCCCCCCCCCCCCCCCACUCCGCGUCGCCAAUCCCCAUGUGAUAUGUGAUUGCAUAUUGACGACGACGACCUAUAAGUAGUAUUGAUGCGUGCGUGUGCUAUACAUACAGCGUUAGUGAAAACUGACCCAUUGCUUUGCUAUGAUUGUUUGAGCGCCGAUGUUGACUUUAUAUCGUCUCUAGGACCAAAUAGCUUUACACUUUCUGUUCAGUGUUGUGAUUAGCUUGAAUAUUUUUCAGAUUUUUUCUUUUUUUUUUUUGAGCCACAGGAUGGAGGGCAGACGUCUUUAUACACGCAGCCGGGCAAGACUGAAAGUCUUAGUUAGGGAUUUCUGGCUGAAAUUUGAUUACUUUUCUCCGGACCAAUGAAAACAUUUCCCCUUAUUACACUGUGUUUUAAUGACAUAUCGCUUUGCUUGUAAAAAAAAAAGAAAAAAAAAAAAAAGUUAUUGGGAGAUUCUUGUGAAGCUGGUAGUUUUUUUUUUUUUUUUUUAGGACGUUCAAAAGUGCCAAAAAAACGCAACCUAGAUUCAGAAUCAUGAGGAUGUGGGGGAAAUAGCGUCCUCAACAACUGUGCUGAAGGGCGGCCCGUCCCGUGCCAUGUCGCAGUACGUGUAAUUAUUAGAACAUGCAUCAUAGCUUAUCUGUUCGAUCUCCUCGGAAAGGUAUUUUCAUUGCGAGGAAGGUUGGAUUAUCUUUUUGUAUCCGUGUAACAGAUGCAGGGUUGUAAACACAUGUGUCAAACUUUGUUCUUUUGAGCUCGUAUCAACAAAAAAAAAAGGGAGGCGGCGCUGACGUCAUGGAUGCAUCGCCGAUUAACCCGAUUGAUUCUGCCAGGUUUAUUGUGAUGAUUGCAAUGGUGUCCAAUCGAUGGUGACAUAACAAGAGAGAGAGAGAGAUGGUGAGGAAAAAAUAUCUAUAGAUAUAUAUAUAUACAUAUAUAUUGAUAUUCUAUAUGAGAGGUAUUUGGACAAAUUGUUCUGGGUGAGAGCGAUGCUUCUGUGGAUUGUGUAAUUGUCCUGUGUGACUGGAAACUGAUAAAAUACUCACUGGUGCCUGCCAGACUACUUCUGCUGUGUCUGCCUUGUUUACUGCCGCCACCUUCAAAGAGCAUACGUCUUAUUUGGGGCGACGCGGUGAGAAGAUCAGUUAAGCUUCAAUUUGUAAAAUAAAAGAGAGAAGUCCUAAACGUUUAGCCGCGUGGAUGUUUGUCGACUUGGAAUUAAAUCUAUCAAUACAAGUCACUAAAGUUCUCUAUUUCGAGCCGUGACCUCUGCGUUCGCAGUGUUCAGUCAGCUGUAAUUAACAAAACUUGGCGAGUCGUAAUGUGGUUUAAGGGCUUCAGGGAAAAAAAUAUAUAUAUAUUCCAAAAAGUACAGCUCUUCUCUAAAUAUUUUUUUACCACUUACACAAAAUUAUUUUCCUAAUCAGUGUAGAUCCGAGUGAGGGGCAUUUAUUAAAAAUAAACAAAACAUGAAUCAAAAAGUUAAACAUUAUAGUGUUUUAUUAACAAUUAAUUGAUUCUCUUGUACUGCUUAUGAAAGAUACUUUGGAGGGUUGAACGUCAUCCACAAAAAAAACAACAACAUUGCAGUGAUUUAAAUAGAGCGUCACUCACAAAAAAAGUAUUAGUGGUGAGUUCGUGGACCAGCAGUAAAGGUGGGACAGUUUCCUUCCAGCUGGAGGCCCUGAGAUGAGACAAAAAGGAAGAGGUAGGAAACUUUGUGUGAUGUGUGUGUGUGAUACAUGUGUCUUGCACAUGUCUGCGUCCCCUCCCUGUGUGAGAUCCUCUCCGGUUGUGGUCUGUUUCUUGCAGCUGCUCUGUUUUAUCGAUCCAUGUCUGUUUUUGUACUUGAACGUUUUCCUCUCUGCGACUGUGG